UUUAAUCUUUUGUAAAUUGAUGGUUAUCAAAACGGCGCUUUAGUGCUACUUGGGGAGUGCCUUGAAACAUCAACUGGUAAUUGACGGUUAAUGAGAGUCGGAAAUUUUAUUUUCGACACAAAGGGGUGAUUUACAUUUGGGUACUUCCAUGAUGUCGAAUGCGGAUACUUAAAUAAAUCGCAAGGGAACGGAAGUGACGUGUACAAAAUUUCGCCGUAGUGUAGCAUUUAUGCAGUCCUUUGGUUAACAAAAAAUAGAUGCUCUUAAAUUCGCAGUGAUCUUAUUUUAACCUUGAAUGCUACAAUAACAACAGAAGCAUACAUAGCUUUCCUCACUGAUAGUCAGACCGCAAUCAAGGCUUUCAACUCUUUCCAGGUUCCAUCGAAACUGGUGCUGGAUUGUUGUGAUAAGCUAAAUAUACAUGGGAACAGAAUAAGCAGAAACCAGUUUGGAGCAUAAAGCAUCAGUGUUUUUAGCCGCAACCUACGACAAUAACUCGCGUUCCGUAGAAAGUGAGCACAUCAGAGUGUAAAAGCAUACUCAGUGAGAGCAACAACAAACCUUAUUACAUAGUCUACUCUACCUCCUGAAACUACUCGGCCUAACCGCAACCAUAUAAACAGCAACAUGGGAAAUCCGAUCUGGUUCAUUUUUUGGUUUUUAAUUUUCUGGUUCAUUUCUUUUUUUGUGGCUGGCUUGUCUGCAUUCUGCUACAUAAUACUCUAUGCGCUGGAAGUCGUCAUUCCUGCGUUAUCGGGCGUCAACAACUUGCUGUUGCAAGGCAUACAAUUCACCCACUACUGUGCGCAGGCGAUGAUCGACUGCAAAUCCCCCUUCUAGAUUUUGCUCCAAUAACAAACUGAUUGUUUGAUUUGUUUUUCGUGCAUUGCUAGCGCAUAAUAUAAAGCUUUAUAAACUUAUCUUUAAAAAUGAUUAGCAUAGAGAAAUGCGUAUUGCAGUCAUUAUGAGGCCAUCUAACUAUGUAUUUACAUUAAAUAUUUUUCUACUGAGAACAAAUUAAUUUAAGGCCAUAUUUACUAAAAAAAUAUAUAUAUUUCAAUACAGCCGAUUUGUU